AUGCCGGGGCUCGGCGCAGCGAUACCCGCGGGAGUCGGCGCGGGAAACCAGAUUCCCCUUCCUUCCAGCGAAAACUGGUGGGAGCGGCGCGUGCCUGUGAACAUGCGACACGUGGCGAACACAGCGGAAUUCGUGGAAGCGCUAGGCGCGGCGGGGGAUAAGCUCGUGGUGGUUGACUUUUUCGGGACCUGGUGCCGCUCGUGCCGCGCCAUGCACCCUAAGCUCUGCAUGCUCGCGUCCAAGCAUCCAGACGCCGUCUUCCUGCAGGUCGAGUUCGACCCCAACAAGCAGCUCUGCCGCUCGCUCGGAAUCAAGCGGCUGCCAUUCUUCCACUUCUACCGGGGCGCUGAUGGUCUGCUAGACGCCUUCCCGGCAACCCUCACCUCGAUUGCUAAGAUUGAGGAGGCACUGGAGACACACAGCUCGAAUCGAUGCUUCCCUGGUGCCUUAAUCCUUCGCUCGCAGUCUCUCCCACCCCACCCUUUCCUCCUCCCCAGUUCUAAUCGUUAUCCAGUACCUGCUAUCUACCAUUCACCUCAGAUUGCUAAAAUAAAGGAGGCACUGGAGACACACGGAACGGACAGAUGCUCCCUGGGCCCUCCAGCCGGCCCGCACCAAGUGUUAAAUCCUCCGGAGAUCGACACAGAAGCACCCUGA